CCAGUUAAGUGUGAGUUACCUAUAUAGUUAUAUAAUGUAUAUAUAUUAAAAAAAUGUUACAGUUCGUGAAAUUAAUAAAUAAUUAACACUGGGGUAAAUAAGUUUUAUGUGAAAUAUACAGUAGUUAAAUAGAUUAAUAUGUCGCAUUCAGUAAUUAACUGAACUGAUACAGUAGUUUAGAAACAGUAUAAGCGUCUGCAUGUGCAUGAGAAUGACAUUUGGAGUAACCAUGACUCCACUUCUCGGGACCCACAUGAACAAAAUCUUUACUCAGAUUUCUUUCCUUUGAAUGGUGAAAAUAUCUUCUCUUUUUUCUGUUGAAAAAUCUCUUUUUAGCAUUCAUUUUCAAUGGUGAAUAUCUUGAGUAUAAGGAGAAAUAUAUAUAAGGGGACAUGGACUCUAUAAUAAAAUGGGAUCCAUGUGGUACAUGACGACAAUGAUAAUUAACUAAUCGUGCUUUCUCGUUUUGAAAACUAACAAGAGUGUAGAAAAGCAAAGAGCGGGUGACUGUCAAAACAAACAGUCUUUUCUUUCUCCAAUUCUGCCUAUGUAAGAAAACGAUCCAGUUAAGUAAUAAAUGAUUUAUUUUAUAGAAGUUUUAAUGUAGAAGUCAUAUUGAGAAGGCAACAAACACUAUACCCCAUACUCACUUUUUUUAUUCUCUAUUUAUAAAGUGCUUUCCAUGUUUCGUUUUUCUUGUUUUUUGCUCGUGGGAAUAAUAUACCGAAUCAAGUUGAAAUGUUGGAUGGUAGAUGUGUGUCGAUGUGCAAAUUGAUACCAGAACAGUGGCAACAAAAUUUUGUUUGUAGUUAAUAGAAUACUUUGACCAAAAAAAAGUUACUAGAAUACUAAAACCAUUUCCAGCCUCACUCAACUUUUUAUUCUAAAAUAGAGCUAUAUAUAAAAUUUUGUUCAUCACUCUAUCUUUCACUCUAAAACAGAAUACUAUUAGAAUAUAAUUCAACUCUAUUAUAAAGUUAUUUUAUUUUAGAAUGAAAAAUAGAGUGAAUUGUUGGAAAUGGUUUAAGAUCUGCGGUUUUUUUUUGUAAAAAAGUGCAUAUGAAAAUAUAAACUUUAGUUACUUUUCUAACGUAAGGCUAAAUUUGUUUUUUUAAUCAACCCCGAAUGCAUGAAUAAUGGUUCAAAUUAGAAGCUGUCUCGUACAAAAUGAUUCAAUUUAAAAGGUUUUCUUAAUUAAGUUCGCUCGAUCCAUUACCUGGAGCAUCAGCUAGAGAAUAACCAGAAUCCUUGAGCUACUGGUAACAUUAAAAAGGAAACACAGGGCUCAAGAAGCGACAAUAACUCUUCGCCUUUAAGCGUUUACAUUUGGGAAAAGUAAUCUAUUUGUACUAAUUUCAAUGUUCACAUUUCAAAUGAUUAGUUUGGGCUUGUGACGAGUCACGAAUUUGUUGUUAUUUGCAUAAAUAAUCGAUUUUAUUAAGAUAUUUGGAACUAUGGGUUUGUAGUCUUGUUAAUAUACACGAAUAAAAUCUGAGAGAAUGUCACUUGCCCUUUUACCCUCUCUCUCUUAAUUUCUCAUUCAUGAAUGAUUGUAUCUCCCCUUCUUCUCCUCUUUUUCAUUCAUCCAUAACACUUGUAUGUACAUUCUACACACAAUAAACCCCCUUAAAUCGUCACAGUCGCUAUGUAAAAUUAUCAAAUUAGUAUGUCCAUACACUUACAGAUAUAUAUUAUACUUAUAUACCUUUUAGGAAGAAAAAUAUCACGAUUUUGGUGAUAUGAUUAUUCUGUUUUUUAUUCCAUCUCUUUCAUAUUAAAUACCAUUCUAACAUUUUUUUUGUUACACAAAAAAUGUCAUUUUCUAAUUUUAAUACUCUCUUUUUUUUUCAUUUUAAAAGGUGUUUAAGGUUUUUACACAAAUAUUAAAAAUACAAACUUUUAUAUAAUUGACUUUGGUUACAUAAAUAACAUCAAAUAAAACUAAUUCAACCAAUAAAAAAAGAUGCAGUAUUUUAUAAUUGGUUAAAAUUUUCAAAUGAUAUUAAAUUUCACCUAGAAUGGUGAGAACAUCAUUUAUUUUGAAACAAAAUCAAAAUUCUUAAACAUCAAUUAAACUAAUAUGGAGGGAGUACCAAUUUUAUUUACUUUUAACUUAAAUUAAUUGCAAAGUAUAUUGAUCUUAUAAAUAAUUUUAUUUAUUUUAAAUAUUAUAGUCAAACAUGUGUAAUUAAUAUAGAUUUAAUUACAUUUUAUUCAUUUGUUUCAAUCUGUGUGAAAUAUCAAAAUGACAUUUACUUAGAAACAAAAGAAGUAUAUGUCUAACUUUCAUCCAUUUCGUAAAUAGCAAAUACAUCAGAAUUCCAGUUUCACUCUCUCGCUUUUCCUUCAAUACACAUUUUUUUCGCGCACAGCCGUGGGCAUUUCUAACGGGAAGGACUUAAAUUAUACCUCUUCAUAUUAGUCAACUCUCCCAAUCCUAUAGCUGUCAUCCAUAUUUUGUAUAAUUCUCAAACAGCAUUAACGAUGGGACGAAGAUGAGUGUCUAACCACUAGUAUUAUAUUAUUAAAAAAAAAAGAGACGAAACAAAAGUAUCUUAAAACCGAUUUUCCUACGACCUGUUAGAAAUUCAAUUGUUUACAUGUAAUUUUUUUCAUUGUUUUUUUUGUUUUAAUUAAGCUAUAAUUAUCUAAUAAAGAUGAAAUUUUUUAGCUUAGAUAUCCAAGUUCUUUCUCUAUCCGUUAAUGGUGCUCUAAGAUACUAGAUCAUUUCUUUGUAGACUAGUAUAAUAAUGAUUAAGACAAAAACGACACACGGGAGAAAUGAUAUACUUGUAUUUGUGUAUGUGUGUACACUAUAUAGACUCUACAUUAAACAAUCUAUACAAUAUAGUAAUAAACAUAUAAUGUACACAGCACAAAUAAUUGAGAACUUAACGUUAAUUAUUUAGUUUUCUUUGUGUAUAUAAAUAAUAGUAAUAAUAAUUUGCUUCCUUGGAAACAUGAGCGAGUAAGCAUCUGCUUACCAUCUGCAACCUUUACGCGUUUAAUUAAAGCCACAGGUGCACUAUCCAACCAAUACAGGAUAAUUUAAGCCACAGAUGAACUGAAACCAUAACCAGCGAAUCUAUAAAAGAACACAACUAUAUAUGCGGGUAUUGCCGGCGUUCCUCAGCCGCACUCAGCUCACAGCUUUGAUUAAAUACAUGAUUUGAAAAUGUAAAUUUAGAAUUAUAGAGAUAUAUAUAAAGAAAACAAUAACAACAUUACUAGUAGAGAUUCUUUAAAACACAAACAAAAAAAAAGGUAAGAGGGAGCGUGUUUUCCGGUGGAAAAGACCGAAGAGUGGAAAAGACGUGGCAACAUAGGCACCGCUGGAUCGUGAACACUUGAUGAUCAACGGUAUAGAUAUAUUUUGGGCGAUGAGCGUUUGUGGAAAACAAACAAAAAAAGAAGAGAGAGAGAGAAUAAGAAGAGGGGAAAGAGUCAGAGAGGAGCAUUAAGGACAUGGCGGCGUUGCAGAGCGCGAGACAGAAGAGAAACAAAACUCUCUGAUCGCUCGAAUCUCUCUUAAAUACUCUCUAUACCGACAAUCCAACUUUCACAGUUCCAAAAGCUUUAUUCGAUUUCUAAAACAAACCAGAUAACAUAAUAUCAUCUUCCUCACCAAUUGAUCGUUUCUUCUUGUGGAAAGAUUAGAAGACAUGUGGGAGUGUUGAUUAAGUGGAAAAAGAAAAGCCCUUGAAAUUUGGUAAUAUAUGGCUGGUUGUGUCCGACUAUGGCAGGCUUUUUCUCGCUAGGCAACGGCACAGGAGUAGAUGGAGGAGGAAGCCGCCAAGACGCCACUACUACUAAUACAAAUAAUAAUUCUUCUCCAUCCGGAAACGAAUCUUGGCUCUGGUGCAGAAACCCUAACUCAAACGCAAACGCUGGGUGUGGUGAUAUCGCUCCUUCUUACAAAGGAACACUUGAGUUAUGGCAACACUCAAACAAUCAACAAAUCAUUUUCCAGCAGCAGCAGCAACAAAGGCUGAAUCUCUACACUUCCGCUGCUGGUUUAGGCGUUGGUCCAAGCAACCGGAGCUUAAUUGAAGCUUCCGGCGGUGAAGCCUCCGGUUUAACGAUGAUGAGAAGUGGUGGCGGCGGCGGCGGACCCAGCUGCCAGGACUGUGGGAACCAAGCUAAGAAAGAUUGCGCUCACAUGAGGUGCAGGACUUGCUGCAAGAGCCGAGGCCUUGAGUGUCCCACUCACGUGAAAAGCACGUGGGUUCCUGCCGCCAAACGCCGGGAACGCCAACAGCAGCUUGCCUCCUCUCAGCAUCCGCAAGGUGAGAACGUUCCUAAACGGCCGAGAGAGCAUUUCCCAGUCCCAGCAAAAUCUACUUCCCUUGUGUGCACUCAUAACACCUUAGGGCUACAGGUUGGAAAUUUUCCACCGGAAAUUAGCUCAUCUGCAACUUUCCAGUGUGUGCGUGUGAGUUCGGUUGAUGAGGGAGAAGAUGAAUAUGCAUACAAAACAGCUGUGAGUAUAGGCGGUCACGUAUUCAAAGGUAUUCUCUACGACCAAGGUCCGGCCGAGAGAAGCUCCUCGGACGGUGGAUCUCAGCCGUUGAAUCUCAUAACCGCAGGGCCAUCGGCCUCCUCGUCAAGCGCAAAGGUGAGCUGCAACAAUGGAGUCGUUGGCUCCACUUCAGAUCAUUACAUUGAUCCUGCCUCACUUAAUUAUCCUACCUCCAACAACAGUUUCAUCACUGGUACACACUUCUUCUCCAACCCUAGAUCUUGACAGAUCAUAGCCAUUUAAUUCUUACAGUACAACUAGGGUUUGUAGAACGGAGGAAGAGGAGUUUAUAACGUUAAUCAGUGUUUUAAAGAUUAAUCUCCAAAUCCUGAGAAUGUUUAUAUUCUAUAUUUAAAUCGUUACCUGUCUUUUAAUAUUAUGUACAAUUUCUGUUAAAAAAAGUUAAGUUCUCUAUUACCUGCCUACAAAAUUUAAUUAUAAGUUCAUAGUGUUUUUAUCUGGAAGUACCUUGUAUUAUUGUAUUAUUGGAGUAUAUAAUCCAGUCCAGUUUUCAAAUAUCAAAAAAGUCAACGAGUCUGUAUCUGUGGAAGCUCACAUCAACAGCUUUCCAGCUGGCUGUUUUCAACUCUGAUCGCUAAUCUCAGGCUUGUUCUUUUCAAUUUUCAACUCAAGACUUUUUUGGACGUCGAAUUUAAAAUUUUAAGAAGUUUGUCAGUUAAUUACAGAUGUGAUUUGCUCUGUAAAAUCAAUUAAUGUUGAAAUAUACUUGUAUAUUGGAAACCGUGGGAAACAUGUACUGAGCUUUACUGUGGGUUUGGCAAAACAAUCACAGACAAACUGGCAUAGGUAUAUAUGAUAGGCGGCUACUGUUUGUCAAUAUGGUCGUAUGUAUAUCACUUCGUAUACUUGAUAGUUAAAUUUAAGCAGUUUUUGAAGCCAACUCCAAAAUAUCAAAUUUAGUGUGAUUUUAUCUAUAAUAAAAUUCCAAAAUUACAUAGUUUUACCAAAAUUGAUGUUACUUUAGUGAAUGCUAUUUAUCAUACCAAUUAUUAAACUAAUAUAUUUUAUUACUUUUCAUUUGACUAUAGUCACAUGAAUAUAUUAAUUAGCGUAGACUUAUAUUUGCUAGAUUUAAUAUUUUAAUUAAAGCAAAAUGCACUAAAUAAAGUCUUAAACAUCUAUCUUUCAUAUACAAAAACUAAAACUUCAAUUUUUGUAUAUGGAGAGAAUAUUUCUAUUUUUUCUUACCUUGCUAAAAAUUAAAAUAUUAUAUUAAUUAUAUUUUAAUUUAAAAUAUACUCAAAUAAUUAUCAUCGAUUAUAUCAAACUGUAAAAAUACAUAUUAUGUACUUUUCGUUUUUAAUGUAAAUUUAGCUGAACUAAUUUUUUUCAUAAAAACAAACUAAUAUAUAAAUUAACUCUAAAAUAAUUUUUAAUAAAUAAUGAAGACAUAAAAUUACAAAAUUUAACAAAAUCAAAUAUAAAAUCAAAUGUGAUAUAAUGAAAUUA